CAAUCAAACCGCCAUAUUUUAGUCGGUAUUUCGAAGUGUUUGUUAUUCUUAUAUGUAAUUUGUAUUACAAAGUCUUAGGGAUUUGAGCGUUUGCUGGCCGUUGAGUGUUUACAGGAGUUUACUUUUUACGGAAGGAGAAUGUAAUAGUUACACUUAUUAUACUAUAUACUGAUUAUACUAUAAUUCAAAUUGUAGUAAACCUCUUUGAAGUGUAAUUUUGUUUUCGACUUGAAUUUUUACUUUCUUAAGAGAUAAAUAACUUGUUAAAAAUGUCUAACGUUGGUUAUGAUCUCGAUACAUCUGGCGGACUUAUGCCGCUUAUACGCGCACUUAUUAAACCACCAGACGAAGAUUUGAAUGUUACUAAACCAAAGAAACCUCAACAUCCUUAUUACAAACGUCCUGGUAAGGGACAUAAUCACGACUCAUGUGAUGCGUGCGGGGAAGGCGGAGAUUUAAUAUGUUGUGACCGAUGCCCUGCUAGUUUUCAUCUUGGAUGCUAUGAUCCACCGCUGGACGAGAAUGAUAUUCCAGCUGGACUGUGGUUGUGCCGUGAAUGUCGCGCAAGUGAUGAUAAGCCAGCUAGUACUCGUUCUAGCCGAGCACAAUCUCCUGUUGAUAAUAAAUCUGACACUGAUAAAAAGUCCAGAUCAUUACGCAACAGUCGUGCUAACUCGCUUGUUAAAAAGAAAUGUAAAGAUGAAAGCAAAGAUGAAGAGGACGUCAGGGAGACUGAGCCGGAGAAGGACUUAUCACCCAUGGAAAUUCUAGUGAAAGCGGCAAAGGUCAUGAAUCCAAAGCAGUUUGAACUCCCACGGGAAAUGAGGAUUCCUUGUAUAUUUCCUGGCACCGAAAAGGAGGGUAGUAAAGCCGGCAGUGGUCUGGUCACAGUGGAUGCAUGGGGCUGUGUGCCAUUGCCUGCCAAAUCUUGCUUUGUGUGCCGAGCCACCUGUAAGCUGGCACCACUGCUGCAAUGCGACUACUGCCCACUUUUGUUUCAUCAGGAUUGCCUGGAUCCACCCCUGACGGCUCUCCCCACUGGACGCUGGAUGUGCCCCAACCAUGUUGAGCAGUAUAUUGACUGGAAGAUGGUGCGCUCGGUGAGCGCGACGGAGCGCGUGGCGCUGUGGGAGCGCUUCAGCGGGCCCGUUGACCAACACGCGCUCAAGGUCGACUUCAUACGGCGCGCGCGCAACCCCAGGCCCUCCUUCCGCGUGAAGGUGCCGGUGGGCGCGCGCGGUCGCGUGCACGUGCCGCGCAUGGUGCGCCACCACUACCGCCGCCCGCCGCCGCUGCUGCCCGCGCGCCGCGACCACGUGCGCUGUCGCGACGUCAUACGGAACCUAAAAGCCGGCGGAGCAUAUGAAACCGACGACGACGACGCGGAGGACAGCGACUCGAAGCACCAGAUAUGCAUGAACCUGUCGUGUCCGCAGUACUCGGGUUCGGGCGAGUGUCCGCUGCGACGUGUGCGCGCCCGCCGAGCUGCGUGCUCGCGCGACGUGGGCGAGCACGACGACGAACCCGACGACGAGCCCGAGGCUGAAAAAAACAGCGAUUCCAGUGAAUUCUCCGAUUCUGACUUUGAGCACUUAACGACUACAGUCAAGAAGAGGAAAGUAUCUCAGAGCGAGGUAAAGAGUCCCGGGAAAAGGUCUACUAAGACCGAACGGCUCGAGCUCUGUGCGGAGGAGGGCGUCGAGGAGCUGCUGGCCACCGUCGAGGAACAACUCAAGAAGCUGGACGAAAGACUGGUCAAGCUGCUUGCUUGGCAACGCUUACAACAGGUGGCAGCGGGCGAGGCGAGCGCGGGGCGCUGGCGGCGCGGCGCGGUGGGCGCGUGGGGCGCGCGGGCGGCGGCGGCGCUGCGGGGCGCGUCGCGCGCGCGGCUGGCGCGCCUCGGCGUGCGGCGCGGCGCGCUGCCCUCCGAGCUGCUCGCGCGCGCCGACCGCGAGCGCAUCGCCGCGCUCGUGUGGGGGCCCGCGCCGCCGCCGCCCGAGCCGCGCCCGCUGCCGCCGCCGCCCGGCGUCGACCUCGCCGACGCGCUCGUCAAGGCGGCGCUCUGCGAGGUGCUGCGCCCCGACGGCGGGGGCGAGGCGACGCUGGGCGCGGCGGUGGCCAUGCGGCUGUCGGCGCUGUCGGUGGGCAGCGACAGCGCGUGCGACGUGGUGCUGGACGCGCGCUGCCGCCGCGUGUCGCCGCGACACGCCGUCAUCUUCUGCGAUGAGGUGACGCGUCACUUCGAGUUGAUCAACUACUCGGAGUGGGGCUCGCUCGUGAACGGCGUGAUGUUCGCGUGCGACGUGUCGCGCGCCCGCGACGCCCCGAACGCGCUGGCGCCGCCCGACGACGCGCUGCGACGCGUCGUGCGCCGCCGCCACGGGAGGCCGCCGCGUGUGAACGGGUCGCUGACGGCGCCGACGGAGCGCGAGGCGGGCUGCCGCUGCUCGGGAGCGGCGCCGCCCGCGCGCGCGGCGUGGGAGGGCUCGGCGCUGCUGGCGCACGGCGCGCUGCUGCAGUUCGGCUGCCGCCUCUACGUGUUCAGCAUCACCGACCACGACACCUUCCCGCACCUGCCGGCGCUCGACGAGCCCGCUCUCUGAGACGCGCGUGACGGAUGCGCUGAGCUUUGUAGUGAAUCAGAAAGUGAGGUCGCUGGUGUCAUGCCCGAGGAUAGUGAUGAAUGACUGUCUGGCGGUGUGGUGAUAAUAUUUAGUGGCUUGACACAUAUAUAAGUGUAGCGCCGUGACACUAUUAUUGCUGAUGAAUAAAGUUUAUAGUGAUUUAUUGAAGAAAACUGUUCAUGUCUUUUUCAAAGAUUUUUUUCUCUGCUAUGCAAUUAUAUCCUAUAUUAAAUGAAUAUUCAUAAUAAUUUUAAAAAUCUUUAAUGAAUUUUGUUUAAUUUCGAAUUUUAGACUUAUAAUUUAAAACUUAAUAAUUACAUAUAAUAAUUCUAUAAAGCAUAUUAUGAUUUAACAUGAAAAAAACAGAAGUCUCGUUUAUUUAUAAAUACUCGUUAAUUAAUUGUUUUAUUGGCUAUUUGUUUUUGAAAUAAACAUAAGUGAAAUCGAAUAAAUCAAAUGUCACCAAACUCAUGCUAUUUUAAAAAUAUAAUAUAUUAAGGAGCAUUUGUUUUUUAUAAUUAUAUACAGUGUAUAACAUAACAACUAAACUACAAAACUCUUUUUUUAUAUUACUUAAUUAUAUUUGAAUAGCAUAUCGAUAGCUCUGACUUGAUUAGGACUUCCUACUUUUCGCGCCAACUAGAUCAAGUUUACCUAGUUUUCAGUGUUGCAAAACAUAUGUUCCUUUAAUUAAUUACUCAUGAAUAUAAAAUUAUAAUUAAAAUUAGUGAUAAUGUCAUUGGAUUUAUUUAAAAAUUAAAAUAGUUUUAGGAAAUAUUUAGCAUAGUACUCAUUGUGUAGCUAUGAUCUCUUGUAUUUACUAAAGAACUAUAUUUAGUAUAGUCUGAAUAUUAUAACUUUGCCGUUCAAAUCAGGUUUUCUAAACAAAGCCACAUAAGAAUCAUAAGUUUGAGAUUUAUGAUACGUUAGGAUUAGUUGUAGAGUUUGUCUGGUAAAAUAUUGCUUAGGUAGUAUUAAAAUGUAUUCAACAAUUCUAUUAUCAUUCUUAUGCAUUAAUGUAUAUGGCUUGUUGCUACAAUAAAGUUAUGAUAUAUAUUA